GAUCCUCUACUUCUUCUUUUACAAUCCUAUCAGCUUUCCAAUCCAAUUUCGAAAUGGCCUCUUUCCAGGAUCGUGCUCAGCACGCCAUUGCCCAGCUCGACAAGGAGCUCUCCAAGUACCCUCUCCUGAACAACCUGGAGCGUCAGUCCUCCGUCCCCAAGGUCUACGUGAUCCUUGGUCUGGUCGGCAUCUACACCUUCCUCGUCUUCUUCAACAUCGCCGGUGAAUUCCUCGUCAACUUCGCCGGUUUCAUCAUCCCUGGCUACUACUCCCUGAAUGCCCUCUUCACGGCCGGAAAGGCCGAUGACACGCAGUGGUUGACGUACUGGGUUGUCUAUGCUUUCUUCACCGUCAUUGAGAGCGCCAUCAGUGCCCCCUACUGGUUCCCCUUCUACUACAUCUUCAAGUUCGCCCUUGUCCUCUGGAUGGCUCUUCCCCAAACCAACGGCGCUCAAAUCGUCUUCCACUCUUUCAUCCAGCCCGUGCUCGGCCGCUUCUUCCACGAUGGUUCCACCUCUGCGAACCUCCGCGCCCAGGCCGAUGCUGCCACCAAGUCGCAGUAAAUAGACUUUACUUAGAGAGUCGAGCAUUUGCAAAUUUGAUCGACAGUCUGUAGACUGGAGGUCGGGUUCCGAAAUUCUCGAUUGGUGGAGGUGUCGAAAAAACCGAACCAGCCGGCGGAGUGUUGGACGGGGGGCUUCUUCUUGACAUGUUUGGACAAUUUAUGUUCCUGGAGCUGGAUUGAAUAAAGAUUUCAAAGAGGGGCGGUAAAUCCCUCGGGGUUCUCUUACCCCGUGUGAAGAUGGGGAUGGAAUGUGGGCUGGGCUGAUUCUUGUCAUGUUACUCUCUGUUUUGUCAUGAAUUGCUUGGGUAGUAGAACGUUUCAUGGGUUGCGAUUGAUGGAUGAUGGAUGAUGGAUGGGAUAUGAAACGGGCGGGCCUGGGCGCGCCUGGGUUCCGUGCCACAGUGGUCGAUAUAGCUAGCUAUACUGGAUGAUGCAUUAUGCCUCUCGGUAAUUUGAGCACUGUUGAUUGCGU